UUGGCUUAGAAAACUCGCGCCAUUUUACCACGUGAUCAGAAGUAAAACCAAAAUUACUCAUGACUCGCACGUGCACAUUUUCCCGCGCUUAGCGUCGGCUACUUGUAUUUGCUUAGAGUUUUGAUUGGUUAGGUGGAAUUUCUGUGUCUUUUGUGAUUGGUCUGCUGGCUGGUCUUUUUACGACCAGCCAGCACUUUGUUCUGUAGAGUUUUGAUUGGUUAGGUGCAAUUUCUGUCUUUUGUGAUUGGUCGGAACGAUUACUUGGUUUCAGUCUUACGUCAAUUGAAAACCGUUCUGUCGGGUUCUUCUGUAAACCACACUAAACUACUAUUUUUCUAUAUUUUUCUCUCUUUUUUUUCAGUUGUCAGAAACCUGACGACCCGUUUGUCAGCGGUUAUAACUGCAACAAAACUACGAUCAGCCAGCACUUUGUUCUUUCUGUGUUUCGUUUUGCUGAUUCAGCGCCCGGAGAUUUUGUUUUUUUCCUCUGCGACGUAGUGCUUUGUUUAACAAGCACUAUCAACUCAACGUGCACAACUGAAUGUGCUGCUUGUUUCAAUGGCAUGAGAAAGAAACGUGCUUUGGAGGAUCACUCAAGCAAAUACCUUGCUGAAGAGCAUUUGGUUCUAGGUCCGUAUAAGAUAAUAGACAACUCUGAAGAAGGCAAAAGUGGCGAUGAUGAUGAAAGCGUUGGUGGCGGACAAACAAAAAGAGAAGAUCCAUCCGAGACUAUUGCAGACAGUGAAAACUUUCCAGUUACCAUGGUGAUCAUUAUCUGUAUCAGUUCUUUGGCUGUCAUGGCGAUAGUAAUUGGCUCAUUAGUGAUGAUAAGACUUUCUCAAAGUUCUCGUGGGCCUGCGGUGAAAGAUAUUACCGCUGACCUCGCCAGGGAUAACUUGGCGUUUGAUGAACUUGAAGUAAAAACUUUGAGUUUGAAGUCAAGUGAUAAACCGAUUUCGUCGUGAACUAAAACAGUUACAGUGUGUGCCUAGAUUUUUGCAGUGUUAGGAAUCUUGACUUGUCGACUUAAUGUUGGCAGUAACAACGACAUUGUGGAAAUACACUGGACUAACUUUUGUUUUUUAUCUCUGACACGGUUAUUCAAAGGAGGUAAAAGAACUAAACCCAGGACGUAGGCCUAAGGGACUGGUCAUAAAGUAUAGGUGGUGGGUGGGCUGGAGCAUUGGAAAAUGAGAUGGAUAUAGAAAACACAUGACCCACCCCUUCCAUUUGGCACAAAACUGAGUGACCCACCUCUAAAUCAAGGUUGAAAAUUACAUGACCCACCCCCUGUAAAACAGGACAUUAUUGGUUGCGUAAUCCAACAAAAUUACAUUUUGUGUAUGGACUUGUGGUAUUAUUUACGUUUUAGACUUAUUUUUUAACGAUAAUACAAAAGCAUCUAAAGAUAAAAUUGUUUUCCUUUACUCUUGCAACUUUAAGAACUUGACCGUAAACCUUACACACUCGGCUUCAAGCCCCGCUUCGAAUGGAACAGUGAUUCAUCUAGAAAAAGGCUGAAGUGAAUGUUGGGACUCACUCAGCCAGCAAACUUUUAUUUUAUUUUUAUUUUAGUGUGUCUCAUGUCUUAGUUUUUUUUUAUAUUAUCGUUGCAUAUUUGAGAAUCUUUCUAUAUUUUUAAUUUAUAACACGUCAUCUUUUUAUUCUGUAAAUAUUUAUUACCCAGAAUAUUUGUGGCCCAGAGGGCCACUGGUUUUUCAAUGAUUACUGUUCUGUGUUACCCUCAAUAAAGAAAGUUGAUUAUUCUUCUUAUUAUAAA